UUAGGAUUAUCCCGAUAAAUAAUUGGCUAAUAAGCCAUGUAACUUAACCUACCCUUGACUCUCUGGGCAGCAAGUUAAGAUUCAGUUGUGUAAAUCAAAAACUACGAAAACGUCAUGUGGUGGGUUUUGAAUACUUUGCCCACUGAACCACUAGAACAUUUUUGCUCUGAUUCAUUGGCGGUUUCUCGUACAUGGUUUCAUUAGAAGACAGUUUCGAGUCCAAAAACCCGUACUUCAUCAGAUCAAGCAGUCCCAGUGGGCAAAACACGACCGACCAUUCAUGGUUGUUAAUUUGGUUCUUUCUCAUGAUGCUUCUGCCCUCCUUGUCAGUGACCCCAAGAUCGGAUUUCAAAAUUCAUGAGGUUGCUCAGAAUAGCUUCAGACAUGCCUAUCAACUUUUGAGUUGUAUUUCUGGUCAGAAUCUCAAGAAAAGAAGCAUUGAGGAAAUGAGCCUGAUUGCUGAAGCUGCAGAAAAUGAGUUCAGAAAACUGCUUACUCUCCUUGAGGGAUCAAUGUCAUCACAUUUUAGAAGCAUCAGGAAGGGUCCCUUGCCGAAUUACCGCGGAAUAAACCCUGUUGAGCUGAUGGAUAGUCCAAAUUCUAUGCCCCAAGAUUUUUCAUGCAAUUCAACUCCAGUACCCUGCAUGGUCAGAGAGUUAUUUCCCCUUCAUAGUGAUAAAUCAGUUUCUGAUUUGAUUCAGAGCGACAAUAUCAAAUUGUAUAAACAGAAUAAGGCCCUGCAGCAAUGUUACCCUGAAACCAGUUUUGCUGCGACUAAGUCUAUCAUGGGGCUGAACGAACUCUCCAAACAGCCUGUCCCUUCUUUGAUCAGUAUGGAUGGAAGCAUCAAUAAGCAGACAAUUUACUACUCAUCAUCUGAAGUUUUGGCUUCUAGGAAUGAACCUUCCUUGUUAUCUUCCAUGGGGAAGUUUGGAGUGCAAAGUGAAGCUAGUACAAGAUCCGUAGCCUCAACUGAUGGAUGUCAUUGCUCAAAGAGAAGGAAACUGCGAAUAAAGAGAACUAUAAGAGUUCCGGCAUUAAGCAAUAACCUAGCAGACAUACCUCCCGAUGAUUAUCCCUGGAGGAAAUAUGGGCAGAAGUCCAUAAAGGGAUCUCCGCAUCCUAGGAGCUACUACAAAUGCAGCAGCGUGAGGGGCUGCCCUGCAAGAAAGCAUGUGGAACGAUGCGUGGAGGAUUCUACCAUGUUGGUUGUGACAUACGAAGGGGAGCACAACCACUCGAGAAAUGCUUAUCACUCAAACCCCAUCAGUACGUAGAUUAAAUCUAGAGGAUGCCAACAUUUUCCUGCUAAGUGGAACUGGUUUAAUUUUGCAUCUCUGAAGUUCCUGAUCUGCCCAUUUCCUUGGAAUUGAAAACACGGCCUGCUGGUGGAUGAUCAGAGUAAGCAUUGUCAAAACUUAUACAGCAUGAGCAUGAGUACACAUGACUCCUGAUCAGUGGCUAAGUGCCAUGCAUGGUGAUGGUGUUUGUUUUCCCAAUCUAGUGCUUCCAUAUAAGACA